CCAUGGAGGAGAUUUUGUCUUUGAUCUUCCGUGGUUGUAACUUAACUAGAGAUCUUGAAUCAAAACUCCCAAGCUUGACAAACAAUCCCAGUCUACUUGCCAGUUCUUGUGAUGAUAUUGUAAGGGCUUUCAGUAGAGCUUCUGAUCUAUUGAAAGCUCAAGGACCACCACAACCACCACCUCCACCGGAGCUAGAAGCAGGAGGAGUUCAGGAAUGGCUGACGACUAGCCAUACACAGGCCAUGGCUGUGGCCAUGUUGGCCUUAGACCCUUUUCAGGGUCAGCUCUUUUCAGAUAAGAAUCCAUUUGAUGUGAGGUUGUUGACCACUAGGGAAGCAGAGGGUGGUUCUUCUUCUUCUGUAAGGGCCAGAGGUGGAGGAGAGUUGCAGGGAGGAGAAGGGUCUGAUGCAGGCAAGAGCCCUGUGACCCAACAACGGUCACGAAAGAGGAAAGAUGGUGAGGAGAGGCAUACGAUUAGGGCAGCAGCUCCUCGUAUAGGGAAUACAGAGAUUCCACCGGACGAUGGGUUUACUUGGAGAAAGUAUGGCCAGAAAGAGAUCCUUGGGUCAAGGUUCCCAAGGAGCUACUACAGAUGCACCCACAAGAGUUUCUACGGUUGCAAUGCCAGGAAGCAAGUCCAACGACUUGAUGAUGAUCCAAACACCUUUGAAGUCACCUACUGCGGCCACCACACCUGUCUCAUGUCCUCCCCCACAUCAUCUAUGCCACCACCACAACCGCCGGUGGCUACCACCACCGGACCAGAGCCUCCACUGGAAGUGGAAGCAACACAACACCCACUUCCCACUUCCCCUCCUACGAGAAGACGGCAUUCGAUGGAGUUGGAAUCCGAUACCCCAACCGAGCUGGGUCUGCGAAUGCCCGGAAGCUUUAAUGUGGCCGGAAGUGUAAGCCUCAGCACUACUGCAGCUACUACUACUCAAGCUCCGGGACCCUCAGAGCCAUCACAGCCGGCGCGUGACGGUAGAGAAGUUGAGUGGCCAGUGGCGGAUUUGGCCGAUGUCAUGUUUAAUUCUGGGAGCAGUAGCAGUGAGAUGGAUCUCUUCUUUGGUCCCAUGUGAGAAAAGUAAAUUAAAGUAGGAAAGAAGAUAUAGCAGGAAAGAUGAAGAAAUACUUAAAAGUUCAUGUAGGCAUAUAGGAAAUGAUUCAUUCUUCGGUGCAGCCAAAUCACAUAUAGGUGGAAGACAUGCUUAUUAUCAAUCAAGCCAUCCAUUAAUGGUGGUAACAGAUUCCAUUCAAGAGAAGCAAUUGAAUAAGAUGAUAUAGUUCAUCUGGAGAGAGAGAGACAGAGAGAGAGACAGAG